UUAGCUACAACGAAAAUGAAUUGCAAGAUUGAAUUCAUGAGCUUCCUCGUGAUGACUUCAAUAGUCAUCCUAUUUCUCUUUGUUUCAGGGAAAGUUGAAGCUGAACCCCAAUGCAUUGGAUCAUGUGAAAUGCUUGCUGACUGUAACACGGCUUGUAUCAGGAUGGGAUACUUAUUUGGCCAAUGCGUUGGCUGGAAAACUCCCGAUAUGUGUUGUUGCAACCAUUGAAUGUUUCGAAUCUUAAAUGUACGUAUUGAAAAUCAUCAACAAAAACUCUUUAAUAUCUUGAUUAAUAAUUUAUUAUAAUACUACUAUAUAACAA